UAAUACGUCAAACGCCUAUACAAUUUAACACUUUCAUCAAACCAAAAAAUCCUAAAAAAUGUAUUAAAUAGACACACCACGAGUGUCAAAACAUACAGCUGGGUUUAUUACUCGCCAGGCCGUACUACCGUACUACGUUCGGAUCAUGACUCUUAAUAUCCGAGGAUACAUCAGGUCCCUGAACGCCUCUCAUGUCCGCACCCCGGAAAGGCCCACGGGACUGACAGGAGGGGGCCAGCUGCGCGUGCUGUGGGUUUGUGGGAGGAGGGCAUGGAGCGGAGCUGGGUUCUGUAAAAUAAGGGGCCCGUGGGCUUCAGGCCUGAACGCCCCAUCUCCCCUCUCUGCCCUCUCUGCCCUCUCUCCCCUCUCUGCCCUCUCUGCCCUCUCUCCGUGCUCGACAUGGAUUUCCUUCUCAGCGGUGCGGCUGCCUGUGGAGCAUGCCUCUUCACAAACCCGCUGGAAGUGGUCAAAACGCGCAUGCAGCUCCAAGGAGAGCUACGGAGCCGCGGGACGUACCAAGUCUAUUAUAGAAACGUUUUCCAUGCGUUUUACACUAUCGGUAAAGUGGACGGCCUGUCCGGUUUACAGAAAGGACUCGCACCGGGCCUUGUGUACCAGUUUUUUAUGAAUGGAGUGAGACUGGGGUCUUACGCGAUCAUUGAAUCUUCUGGUUACAUCCACAACAGCGAUGGGAGAAUCAGCACAGCCAGGACCACGCUGGCAGGAGCUAUGUCAGGGGUGGUGGGUGCAGUCAUGGGCAGCCCCGUUUAUUUAGUCAAGACCCAUUUGCAAAGUCAGUCUACCUCGUCCAUUGCAGUGGGACACCAGUACAAACACCAGGGCAUGCUCCACGCGCUCAGAGUCAUCUAUAAGGAACACGGGGUCCUAGGGCUGUGGAGGGGCUCCAGUGCAGCUGUACCCAGAGUCAGUAUAGGGUCUGCGGCUCAACUCUCGACCUUCUCCUCCUCAAAAGAACUGGUGCUUGAACUGCAGGUGUUUCCCAAAAACAGCUGGCUGGUUGCCCUGAGUGCCGGGAUGAUUAGCAGUGUGGUGGUGGUUUUGGCCAUGACACCCUUUGAUGUUGUGAGCACACGACUUUAUAACCAACCAGUGGACCAUCUGGGCAAGGGGCAGCUUUAUAAAGGAUUUGCUGACUGCUUUUCUAAGACGUUAAAGAAGGAAAGCUUGAUGGGACUGUACAAGGGCCUGGGAGCUUCAUACUUCCGACUCGGUCCACACACCAUUCUCUCUCUGUUCUUCUGGGAUGAACUGCGAAAGUUUUACUGGGGCUUCAGAUAG